CCUUGUCUAAUCGAGUUGGUUUGACAUUAUCAUUCAUAUGAUAAAAAUGCUUUCAUGGUAAUUGACUACUGUGCUUCAGUGUUAUCUUAACAGCUUUUUAGGAAAAUAUUCAUUAGCUGUUUUGCUUUUCGAAAGAUAACUGGCUUUACUUACUAGAAUUUUCUCCUUUUUCCCCGCCUAUCUGUGACGCGAUGCUAUUUUACGAAGAACAUGUUUACGGGAUACCUAGAUUUCUAACGAAUUGGACCAUAGAUGAUUUGAAAGAACUCGAUACGUCACUAUAUCCCUUUCCUAAUACUUUGUGGCAUGUGAAGUCCGUUGAGGAAGUUACACUCAAGGCGUCUUUCAUGGUCCUCGUGGGGGUUACUGGCAUCUUUCUUAACUCUAUUAUUCUGAUAAUUCUUCUUAAUAACAAAUGGCUGUGGACAGCGAGUAAUUAUCUUGUGGGUAACUUGGCUGCAGUAGACCUCAUUACACUUUUAUUCUGCCCCUGGCUCAUGCUUGCCAGGGACUUCUAUCAACAAUACGUUUUGAAGAACUUCGGUUGUAAAUUUGAUGGCUUUUUACAAGCCACGAUGCUUCUUGCCAAUGUAGCAGCAAUAAUUUUAGUUUGCUACGAUAGACUUGCAGCAGCAGUGUUGACUGCAGAGGCGAAAAUAACCAAAAGUGUAGCACCGAAGCUGAUUUUCGUUUCAUGGAUUUUAUCAAUUGUGUUAUCAACGCCGUGGAUAUUCAAAAGGGAAUAUGUAGAGCGUCCAUGGAAAAAUUAUUUGGAAACAUAUUGUGUUGAAGACUGCGAUUUCCUCUGCAUCUACUGGCAUUUUUUGGUGAUUCUUCUCGUAUGGAUACCACUCACAGCUAUGACCAUAACUUAUGGUGCUAUUAUAUGGAAAUUAGAAUGGGGAGCCCGGGAACUUUUAUCCAGAGGUGGUGGUAGAACGAUCAUUCUUGCCAAGAGGAAGACCAUGCGAGUGACAGCUUGCAUUCUUUUAGCAGCUGCCAUAUGUAGGAUACCAUUCACAGUCCUCGUUUAUUGGAGGAAUAAUUUGAGGAAAGAAAUAAAUGCGGUCGAUGGAGGAUAUUCUAUAAUAUGGUUCAUAGCAACAUAUUUAAUGUAUGCCAACUGCGCUAUCAAUCCAGUUAUAUAUGGAUUUACUAAUACCAGAUUUCGAAAAGCUAUGGAUAGGACUCCAUGUAUAGCAUGUUUUAGAUUUGGAUCGCUUUGCUGUGUUUACGGAAAAGAAAUUAAAGAAAACCAAUCACCGCAACAUAAUAACAAUGAGAAGUUAUUUGUCAUAGAAGGUACACCGCAACCACGAAGAAAAUUGUCUCAAAUCGUUAAAAAUCUCCUGCAUAUCCAUAGACACACAGUUGAACUGAGUAUUGCUAAAGUAGACGAAGCAACUACUAAACCUACAAAAGUUACACCACUUAAGAUUGAGCACUUGUAGAAUAUGGCAUUCACGACUUCAUAAAAGAAGUUUGACACUCACUUCGUGUUUACUUAAAGAAACUUUUCAACCAUCUUCGUCCAUAAAUUGUCGGCGAUAGGAGCAUUAAUAGUUAUGCAUGUUUGAACGAAUGUCGCCGUGUAUUUAAU